UGAAGCAGUGGUUGGUACGUAUUGUGCAAAAUCUGUUCAGUUGGAGUAAUAUUUACUAGUGGGAGGAAAAUGUGGGUUAUUGUGGCCUCAUUCAAUUGUCAUUAUCUGGAGGUUGUUGUGUACCCCAUUUAAUUUCGUGGAGAGUAAAGAACCAAAACAGUUCAAACUUUCUCCUUCGGGCACUAACUAACGGCGACGUUAUCCAUCCAAACCCGUGAAGGAAAAAGUUGUUUUUCCGUUAGCUACGUGUCGAAUGGGAAGAAGGGCAGCGCUACUUUUCGGAUUUCAAACAGUUAUAUAAAAGAGAACAAAAAUGAUUUAUAAAGUAUUUGAUAUCCGUUGGCAAAAAUGGCAAUAAAGCAGAAUUUCUUUCUUCUUUCCUUCUCUUUUCCUCCCCAUUCACACACUCUCUCUGCAGUUCUGCUCCUCUCUGGUUGUCUCAGAGCUUUUUGGCCGUUUUGCUUUCCACCACCAUUGCUCAGACAGUUCUCAGACUCCACACAGAGGAAAAUGCUGGGAAAUUGGGAAGAAAAUGGCAACAGUUGGACCAUGAUAGAGAACAGUUCCAUGCCUGCUUCGGGCGAGGUAGUGGCAGGAGGAAUUACUUAUAACAAUGCCCUGGUUGAAGGAGAUGGAAUAUGUGAUCCUGCUUCAGAAGAUGAAAUAACUGAAAUGAAGGAUUUGUUAGCAGAGCCAGAAAGUGUCAAAAUAUCAAUGGAUGCGCUACUGUAUUGCAACAAUGAAUAUUUAGAGAAAUGCUUAGGAACUGGAGAUGUUUUAGGUUCCGCUCAUCAGAACAAUCAUUUAAAAUCUUAUACUGGUACAAUGCAGUCCGAUAUUCCUCUAUAUCAUAACGAUUUAGUGAAUGCCAAUGGAGUUAGAGAGGAAGAUCUUCAUGUAACAGGUGGCCUAUCAAGUGCUUCCAAUGAACUCAUUUUAGAUACGAAAUAUAUUGCUAGAUUUUCCAAUUUGGAGUACACAUGCGAAGGACUCCAUUCAGUAAACCUCAGCUUGGAAACUUGCUCUCCAGGCUUGGGUGGGCGGGUCAGUGAUAGUUCUGAAGCAUUAGAUUUAUCAGCUGGUACAAUGAAUCUACUGCCUGAAUCUACAUCAGAUCAAAAUGUUCUCUUACUUGACAAGCUGACCACUCAUGAACUGCAGCUGGCCUACAGGGGCAUAUUUUGUCUGGAGACCACUGUUAAGGACAGGGAUUGGCUUUUUAGUCGUAUCUCACUUGGUUUGCAGAACUUUAUAAUGGAGAAUGGUCCGGGCUUCUUGGAAAGGGAAACAUCUUCUACGGAGUGUGAAGACACGCAUUUGAAAUGUAGUAAUGAUUCUCAUGGAACGAAUUCCUCCUUUGAGAGUUGUUCUCCAGGCCUGAGCGAGUGGGUCGCCGAUGGUGCUCAAGCAUUAGAUUUAUCUGCCGGUACAGUUAAUCCAGUGCCUGUAUCUACAUCAGAUCAAAAUUUUCUCAUACUUGACAAGCUAACCACUCAUGAACUGCACCUGGCCUAUAGGGGCAUAUUUGGUCUCGAGACCACUGUUAAGGACAGGAAGUGGCUCCUUAGUCGUAUUUCACUUGGUUUGCAAAACUUUAUCGAAACGGAGAAUGGUCCGGCCUUCUUGGAAAGGGAAACAUCCUUUACCCAACGAGAAGACAUGCAUUUGAAAUGUAGUGAUGAUUCUCAUGGAAAGAAUUCCUCCUUUGAGAAUUCUCCAGGCUUGAGUGAGCGGGUCACUGAUGGUGCUGAAGCAAUAAAUUUAUCAGCUGCUACAAUUAAUUCAGUGCCUGAAUCUACAUCGGAUCAAUAUGCUCUCUUAUUUGACAACAUGACCAUUCAUGAAUUACACCAGGCCUUCAGAAGCACAUUUGGCCUCGAGACCGCUGUUGAAGACAGGAAAUGGCUUAUUAGCCGUAUUUCACUUGGUAUGCAGAAGUUUAUCGAAGCGGAGGAUUGUUCGAUCUUCUUGGAAAGCAGAGUAUCUUCUGCAAAACAUGAAGACAUGCCUUUGAGAUGUAAUAAUGAUUCUCAUGGAAAUAAUUCCUCCAAGAGUUGCUCUUCAGGCUUGAGUGAGCGGCUCACUGAUGGUGGUGAAACCUUAGAUUUAUCAGCCGGUACAAUUCCAGUGUCUGAAUCUACGUCAGAUCAGAACGGUCACUUACUUGACAAGCUGACCACCCAGGAACUACAGUAUGCUUUUAAGAGCACAUUUGAUCUUGAAACCACCGUUGAGGACAGGAAGUGGCUUAUUAACCAUAUCUUAAUUGGUUUGCAGAACUUCGUUGAAAUGGAAAAUGUUUCGGGCUUCUUGGAAAGGGAAAUAUCUUUUACGAAUCAUGUGGACGUGCAAUUGAGAUGUAGUAAUGAUUCCCUUGGAACUGAUUCAUCCUUUGUUGAUACGAAAAAUGUUUCAGGCUUCCCGGAAAGGGAAGUAUCAUCUACGAAACAUGUAGACAUGCAUGUGAGAUGUAGUGAUGAUUCCCUUGGAACUGAUUCUUCUUUUGCAAGUGUAGUGGGUAACUGGGCUAAAUCACUGUGCUCGAGUCAAACAGAAAAGGUUACUAGUCUGGAUGUUUAUACAACCAGUCAUUCCAAGGUCAACGAUACUGGAUUUGGAUUAAUGAGUUGGAGAAAUGGGGGAGCAGUUAAGAAGCGGAAGAGAUCACGUAAGCCUACCCGGGGAUUCAUUGAAGCAUCAGAUUUGAAAUCAAGAUAUUGUAUUGAGAAGUUGGAGAAUCGCAUUACAAGCUCAAAGGAUAAGUUGAAUGAACUGAGCAAUCAGAACCUUUUAAACGGAGUUGUUGACAUGGCAUCCAACUGUAAACAGGACACUUCUGGUGAUUCAGAUAGUCAGGUAACAUGUGGUCGUUGGAAGGCUAAGAGGUUUGCGAAGAAAAAUACGUCUGUUCGGGUGCAUGAGCAUGACCCUGGGGACAACAAAAAUGACAGGUCAUGCUGUGAUCCUGAACACAGUUCUGACUUGGAAUCAUCUCACAGAGAAUGGCAGGAUGACAUGUCAGAGUCGGAUGACGGCAUCAUGACAGUAAGCACUAGAAAGGAUCCGAGUCGGAGGAAGAAUCACAGAGUAUGGACUCUAUCUGAAGUGAUGAAACUGAUUGAGGGUGUUUCUCAGCACGGAGUUGGAAGGUGGACCGAGAUUAAGCGGCUCUUGUUCCCAUCAUCUGCUCAUCGCACUGCUGUUGAUCUUAAGGACAAAUGGCGUAAUCUCCUAAAGGCUAGUGGAGCCAAAUUGAAGAACAAAAGAAAGGAUUACAUAGGGCAGAAGGGGUCACAGCCGAUACCUGAGUCAGCUCUAAAGCGUGUCAAGGAACUGGCCAUCAUCCAUCUGUACCCAAGGCCGUGCCAAUCCAAGCACACAUCUAGUAGGACAUCCAAGCUCGUAAAUACAGCACUACAGUCCCCCUCAAAUCAUGCUGCCUCCAAUAGUGAUACCACAGUCUGCCGCAGAGGAAGAACACACAGGAAGAGUAUCACGUGACAUUCAUCGUCACCUCCUAGGUAAAUAUUUAACAGUUGGAGAUAUAUUUUAUGUGGUAGAUAACAGUUGGAAAUAUAUACCUAUAGUGAAAUAGCUAAAUCAAUAUUCUGAAAUAAGCUAGGUUGUCUUUUGGGUCAUAAUAGAUAACAGUUGGAGAUAUAUAUCAGCUAAAUCGACAUUCUGAAAAUAAGCUAGGUUGUCUUUUGGGAUUUACUGUACAUAGAUCGAUAUCUAGUCUCAGUAAAUAUUUUGACAUUUCAAUAAAACUUCGGAUGAAGUUUUUAUUGCGUGGAAUGCGAGUCAAGUCCCAUGUUUGAUGUCUCUAAUUUUGCUUCAGUUAGUAGUUCAGAACUUCAGAUAUAUGUACAGCAAUUACGAGAACCAUUUAGUAUAUAUAAGUGGGUGAUUGACU